UCCCGCCCCUCUCGGUGUCGGAGUGCUGUUUUUGUUGUUGGUGAAAGGUGAGGAAACAGCUGAUCCGUCUGUGGGGAGGGCACAUACUUAAAGGGAAGAAUGGAAGAAUCGUCAGUAAGCCGGGCACCAUCUCGGGGUGGAGUCAGCUUUCUGAAUGUGGCCCGGACCUACAUCCCCAACACCAAGGUGGAGUGUCAUUAUACCCUUCCCCCAGGCACCGUGCCCAGUGCCAGUGACUGGAUUGGCAUCUUCAAGGUGGAGGCUGCCUGUGUUCGGGAUUACCACACAUUUGUGUGGUCUUCGGUGCCUGAAAGUGCCGCUGAUGGUUCCCCUGUCCAUGCUAGUGUCCAGUUCCAAGCCAGCUACCUGCCCAAACCGGGAGCCCAGCUCUACCAGUUCCGAUACGUGAAUCGCCAGGGCCGGGUGUGUGGGCAGAGCCCCCCUUUUCAGUUCCGAGAGCCAAGGCCCAUGGAUGAACUGGUGACUCUCGAGGAGACUGAUGGUGGCUCUGACAUCCUGCUGGUUGUCCCCAAGGCAACUGUGCUGCAGAAUCAGCUGGAUGAGAGCCAGCAAGAGAGGAAUGACCUGAUGCAGCUGAAACUGCAGCUGGAGGGGCAGGUCACAGAGCUGAGGAGCCGAGUACAGGAGCUCGAAACAGCUCUGGCAACUGCCAGGCAAGAACACGCAGAGCUGACAGAGCAAUACAAGGGGCUUUCCCGGUCCCAUGGGGAACUCACAGAAGAGAGGGAUAUCUUGAGCCGGCAACAGGGAGACCACGUGGCACACAUCUUGGAACUGGAAGAUGACAUCCAGAUCAUCAGUGAGAAAGUGCUGACAAAGGAGGUUGAGCUGGACAGGGUUAGAGACACAGUAAAGGCCCUAACUCGGGAACAAGAGAAGCUUCUUGGGCAACUAAAGGAAGUGCAAGCAGACAAGGAGCAAAGCGAGGCUGAACUUCAAAUGGCACAACAGGAGAAUCGUCGCUUGAAUUUGGAGCUGCAGGAGGCCAAGGGCCGGCAGGAGGAGCAGGGUGCUCAGACCCAGCGUCUGAAAGACAAGGUGGCUCAGAUGAAGGACACCCUAGGCCAGGCUCAGCAGCGGCUGGCUGAGCUGGAGCCCCUGAAGGAACAGCUUCGAGGGGCCCAGGAGCUUGCAGCCUCAAGCCAGCAAAAAGCUGCCCUUCUUGGGGAGGAGUUGGCCAGCGCAGCUGGAGCCAGGGACCGCACCAUAGCCGAGCUACACCGCAGCCGCCUGGAAGUGGCUGGAGUCAAUGGCAGGCUGGCUGAGCUCAGUCUGCACUUGAAGGAGGAAAAAAGCCAGUGGAGCAAGGAGCGGGCAGGGAUGCAGCAGAGUAUUGAGACAGAGAAGGACAAGAUCCUGAAGCUGAGUGCAGAGAUACUUCGGCUAGAAAAGGCAGUUCAGGAGGAGAGGACCCAGAAUCAAGUGCUCAAGACUGAACUGGCGCAGGAAAAGGAUUCUAGCCUGGUGCAGUUGUCAGAGAGUAAGCGAGAGCUGACAGAGCUGCGGUCAGCCUUGCGUGUGCUCCAGAAGGAAAAGGAGCAACUGCAGGAAGAGAAGCAGGAACUGCUAGAGUACAUGAGAAAGCUGGAGGCCCGCCUUGAGAAAGUGGCAGAUGAGAAGUGGAAUGAGGACGCUGCCACGGAGGAUGAGGAGGCAGCUGCAGGGCUGAGCUGCCCAGCAGCUCUGACAGACUCAGAGGAUGAGUCUCCAGAAGACAUGAGGCUCCCACCCUAUGGCCUGUGUGAGCAUGGAGACCCAGGCUCCUCUCCUGCCGGGCCACGAGAGGCUUCUCCCCUAGUCGUCAUCAGCCAACCAGCUCCCAUUGCUCCCCACCUCUCAGGGCCAGCUGAGGACAGUAGCUCUGACUCGGAGGCUGAAGAUGAGAAGUCAGUCCUGAUGGCAGCUGUGCAGAGUGGGGGUGAAGAGGCCAACCUGCUGCUUCCUGAACUGGGCAAUGCCUUCUAUGACAUGGCCAGUGGCUUUGCAGUGGGUCCCUUGUCAGAGCCCAGCACUGGAGGCCCUGCAACCCCACCAUGGAAGGAGUGCCCUAUUUGUAAGGAGCGCUUCCCAGCUGAGAGUGAUAAGGAUGCCCUGGAGGACCACAUGGAUGGACACUUCUUCUUCAGCACCCAGGACCCCUUCACCUUUGAGUGAUCUCACCUCUCCCUAGUACAAGCACAAACACACACUUAACACACGUACACACUCAUGCAUAGUCACACAUUUAGGUCCCAUGCCUCUUUUCCAACACAAUGGGCUCCAUGAUGUUCUGUUCCCUACGAACCGCUCCUGUGUGCCAUUUUUAUCCCAAGCCCUCCAACCUCGUCCUCUCCUUCCCAGCUCUUUUGUCCAGGCAGGGGUCCUUCAUGGAAGCAGUGGCUGAAUUUACCCCUUGACAGCGGUUUUGGAGGAACCGGGAUGGAGGAGGCCUUCCCCAAGGGGAAUAGAGUCAGCCCCUCCCAGCCCUGGCUGCUUCUGUCUGUCACACCAGCCACCACCAUUGCAUGCGUGCGCGCAGUCUAAUACCCCAACGCCAAUUCCCUCUCUUAUUUGGGGUCUGCAUUUUUUCCCCUGAGUUUCUUCUGGGGUCUGCAUUGAGGCAGCAGCAUGGACAUUUUGACUUCCUCAGGCCCCAGUUCUGCAUUUCAUUGCUUUCUCUUACUGCCCUCCCAUUGCCUUCUGCAUCGCAACCCAGGCUUUUUCCAUAACAUUAGAUAAUAAGUUUGGAGGUUUCUUUUGUAUUUUUGAGGUGUUCUGUAUUCUCUCUCCUGCCCCUCACUGCCAUCACCCUUCAGUGUCCUCACAUGGAAAGAAAUAAUGCAUUGUGCCUUCUGUGAGGGAUAGGGGAACAAAUGGUCCCAGGUUCCCCAUUUCCAAGCCUUUCUACCCUUUCCAGGUUUCCCUAUAGCAAUAAGAGCUUUCCCCCAAUAUCCCUUCCCCACCUGUAGUUUGGACAAAUAUAUUUAUAUGGUAUGUAUGACUCUUCUAAUAAAA